AUGCAAAGUGAUAUAAUUGUAAGCACAGAUUUACCUGAGUACAAUAAAAGUAGGAUGAACGGCCUGAUGAAUAUAAGUUCUUAUAGUAGUAGUGGCACCCCUGCGUGCAGGGAACAACCAAAUGAAGGAAACACAAAGGAAGGAAGCACAAAUGAUAUGUAUGAAAAGGGGAAUGUAAUUAAUUAUGACCAUGCAAAUAAUGCCCCUUUUACAAAUGAUAUUGAAAGUAGCAACGAUUGUAAUAUUUCUCCUGGCGAGUUAAAAAUUCCAGCAACCCCCCCCUUACCCAUUAAUGAAAAAAAUGUUAGUAGGUCCACCGACACAGCACAAGUAUCAUGCACGUCUGUAGUGAGUAAAACGUGUGACCAGGUUCAGAGGAGUAAUUACUCAAAUGGUAAUUGUGAAAUUUUUGUGCAAAAGGAGGAAGACAGGAAGGGAGCAAAUGACGUCCGCGUGACUGAUGAGAAAUUUAGGCGUAAUGUUGAUGAUGUGGGAAGCGUUGAAAAAAACAGUACAUUUGACCAUUUCGAGGUGAUUGCUGCUAGCGAGAUGAAAUCAGUUUGUAUAGGAGACGUGCGCACCGAUGUGAGUGGACCUCGCGCGGAUUCUCCCAGUGAUGUGAAGGAAAAUGGACUCGCCAAAAAGGCAUCCGAGGGUGAAGAGGCCAUGGACUCAGGAACAAAGGGCCCCACUGUAAACGCGUCUAUCGAUGCAACAAGUGACUCCAAGAGUAACGACGCGCCAGUGCGUUAUAACCAAAGUGGCGCGGGCGACCAGAAGGACUCUAACGCUGUUUAUGCCUCCCUGCGCGUAAAGAGCGUGGAGGACACCAGCAACAAUCCUUGCGCGGAUGUGUCAAUGUUGAAUUCGAUCACCGAAAGGAAUGUGAAAAUGGAUAACGUGUCUGUAUGUGCCAACGUGAUAGAGGGAGGUACCCCCAAGGAUGCUGGUCGCAAUAGUUACAGCGAUGAAGCGGCAGUGUGCAAAGGUGUCACGCGGGAAGAGCGCAGUAACAUGCACAGCGCCAGUGCAGGUGGGAGCGGCAACACCAGCGGUAGUGGAAGGAACGAUAGCAGUAACAGUGGUGAAAACGCCAACAGUGGCAGUAAUGGCGGAGGAAGUAGCAAUAAUGGGGGAGGCAGUAGUAAUGGUGGAGGAAGUAGCAAUAAUGGGGGAGGCAGUAGUAAUGGUGGAGGAAGCAGUAAUGGCGGUGGAAGCGGAAACGCGCGAGGCAGCAACAGCGGAGAGGAUGGAGAAAAUGGCGGGGAUAAGCACAGGAAGAACGACCACCAUGAUGCGGGAAGCGGUGAAGGUAGCGGUGCGCUGGAGAACCCCAAGGAGGGUAAGAACGGGGAGGACUUGAAGAAAAAUGGAAACAGUGAUGAUCAUAAUAACGAUAAAAAGAAGAAGGAAGAAAAUAGUAAUAGCAAAAAUGUAGAUGUAGUAGAUGCCGCUAACCAAAAUAACAACACUAGUGAAAAUGGAAAGACAAAAAAAAAAAACAGUAACAACAUUGAAGGGAAGAGUGGUAAUGGCAAAACAAAUUCAAUAUCCUCGUCCAAGUCGAACAAUAAUAACAAUGUCGUCUCCACGCCAGUGAGUUCACUCAACGCAGAUGCACCUGAGUUUGUGCCAUCGACAAAAGGAAUGCAAGGAAAUUUAUCCUUCAACAAUUUAAUGUGGAAUCAUUAUUAUCAACAAGAUAUGUCUAAUGGGGCAUUUGGAGGAGUAGCAGGAAAUGGACUGAUUAAUAAUUUGGGUGCACAAGGAAGCAAUAGCAUGAUGAGUCCUAACCCUUUGUUAAAUCCUCUAGGUGGCAUGGGUCAUGGUCCAGGAGAUCUGUUAACCCUAGCAAAUUCUAGUCAUAUUUCAGCAUCAAAUGGUGGUAUGAAUUUAAAUAUGCCAAACAGUGCAGGUGUAAUGUUACCCCAAGUAAAUAAUAUGAAUAACAUGGAUGCCCGAAAUGGGGACAAGGCAAAUCUUCCUCCUAGUAGUGGCGUAUCCUCAACCACUGCUGCAAAUAUGAAUAAUAACGCAGGUAAUAAAUCUGUGAGCAGUUCUAAGAUAGGGAAUAAUAAUAAUAAUAAUGCCAAUUCGAGUGGCCAUGAAAAUAAUGUGACGACAACUUCAUCCAAUAUGAUGCAUGGUUCAGCAACAAGUGGUGUAGGAGGAAAAGCAGGUGCGAAUAGUAGUGGAACGGAUUCUAAUUUUUUAAAUCAAAAUGGGAUGCUACCAGGAAUGAAGAAUAUGAGAGCAAAUAAUUUUAUGAACGGUUCAGAAAAUGCCGGUCCUUCACCACCAUUUCACACGAUAGAUCCACAUAACGCUGGACACCACCAAGCUUUUCAGCCAAAUGGAUCCAUGAUGCAUCCACACAAUUUUUACGUCAAUCAUCCCUACCUAAUGAAUAAUCGUCCUCAUGUACACCCACAUCAUCCUCAUCACCCUCACCCAAAUGCUUUACCUGGACCACCCCAAUCAUUAUUUACUCCAAUGUCGUAUGCAAAUUCCAUGGGCUCAGGGAAUGUCCCUCAUGAUUUUCCCUUCCCACAACCUCCCCCUUCUGUUUAUGGCUCCUUUGGCAACAAUACUAACCUGAUUGGAAAUAACACAACUGCCUUGUCAUCCUCGAAGAACGGAACUAUGAACCUUAACCCGUAUAGUUUUAUGCCAUGUGGAUUACCUUCGCAUCCUCCCCCUCCCCAGUUACAGCAUAAUGGCCCCCUAAAUUUGACUACCCCUAUGGACACACAUUUCAUUUCGGGCAAUUCAGGCAACGCAGCUCCGCCCUUAAAAAUGUCGUAUAAUCAUGUAGCUCAACCGAACAGGCGAAAUAUGUUCAACCAUUUCAACAUGCCCAACAUGCACGCCGGGGGAAGUAACCUUAAUGAUAAUAACAGCUUCGACCAUAGCGUUAGUAAUAAUACAAGUAACAACAUGAGUAAUGUUAUUGGAGGUGCAGCAGCUGGAGCGGGCAUGACAUAUGGCUACGGAAACUUCAACGGAACGCAUAAUGUUAGUGGUAGCAACAAUGCGAAUAAUCUGCUUCCUAGUGGGGACAAUGCUGGAACAAACAACAAUAGCGGCAGUGCUGGCGCUAUAAACGGAGCAGCAAGUAGUGGCGCUAAUAAUAAUGGCGCUAACAACAGUGGUAGCAGUGGUACGAGCGGAAUGCACCUAACACCAGGAUUAGGAAAUAACAUGGGUAUGAACACAAAUGGAAAUGUCAUGUGUAUGAAUGGACCUUUGCAUAUGAACAAUGUAAGCGGGACGAAUGUAUCUCCGUUGUCGCAUCACCAUAUGAACCAAAUGAACAACGGCAUGACAACAGGAGGAGCAGGUGCUGCCAUGGGAACAAUGACCGCAGGAGGAGCAAUGCACAUGGGCACUAUGCAAAUGAAUCACAACAUGAUGGGUAAUACCAUGGAGGGGUUGGGUGGCCCAAUUGGCGGAGCAGCAGUUACGAAACAGCAGAAGAGAAAUAAUACAUACGGCGAAAGGGGCAUGAAUAGUGGAAGUGGAAGUAAUAAUAACAACAGCGGUAAAUCAGGUGCCCAUCGAGAUAGCAAAGGAGCAGGAGGAGGGUCGUCCGGUUUGACUUCAUAUGGCAAGCAGGACAGUAAGAAAGGAAACAAGUAUAGUGGUAGUGGAGCUGGAGGAAAUAAUAUGAACUCUAAUUUUAAUGCCCAUUCUGGGAACAACGCAAGUCAUGCCAUGGGCAGUGGAUCGAAAAAUGUGUAUGUCAGUGGUGGCAAGGGAGCAAAACAGGAAGCGCUGUACGGAAGGGACGAAAAUGGAAACGCCACAACAACAGCUACCCCUGGGGCCACUUCAUCCCAAGCGAGCAACAACUAUUGUGGAAAAGGAUCCACAGGCAAUAAUAAUAAUAACGCCGUUUUGUCCACAGGUUCAGCUAGCCAUAACACAAGCAGUAACAAUAAUAUGAGUGGUGGUUUGCAUCAGAAGGAGUCCGAUUUGUGUGGAGGCGCAAAUGACAAUUUAGACGAUACGAAUGGAAAUAAGCUUGCGCAAUAUGAUGGUAGCAUGAAUGAUGGGGGAAAGGGACCUUUUAAAGGAAAAGCAGGAGCUUAUAGUAACCUUAAUAACACAAGUAAUGCUAGGAACAAAGGCAGCAACAACAGUAGCAAUUCGAACAAUAUCAUGUCCAGUCACGCCCCUCUGUCCAGCAGCAACAAUGAAAACAUCACAUCAGGCGAAAAGAGAUUCUUUAAUAAGCAUGAAAAGAAUAAGGAAGAUUACAAAGGGGGCAAAAAUUACGGAAGUAAUAAAGUGAGUGAAGAAAAAGGGGCCUACAAUCACGUUGGAGUAGGAGGAGCUGCAGCAGGAUCCAAGAAGGAUGCAUCUAAGGAUAACAAUAAGGCAGGAACAAAAAAUGCUGAUGCGCAUGUGAAGAAGCCAUAUAACGAUAUGCUUGGACAUUCGAAUAGUGGCAAUAUGGGAAGUCAACAGCAACCGCUUGGCAGUAGCAGCAGCAACAACAACAAUAAGCAGCAACAGGGAAGCUACACAGGUAGUGGAAAGUACCAGAGCAAUGUUGAUAAGAUAGUAGGACACAUGAGGAAUGCUGAAGGAGGCAAAGGUGGAAAUGAAAAGAAAUUAAAAAAUGAAGAUGAUAAAAAGUUCAAGGAGAAGGAUAGUAACAUGGUGCUAGCAGGAUUUGCAGGAGCCACAAAGGGUGCGGCCACCAAAACAGGAUCCACCCUCACGGGAGGAACUGCAAGUAAUUUUACCGCCUCAAAUAUGAAUGAUCAGGGCCCACUUACAAAUAACGACAGUGUGAAUGGUAAGAAUGUGCCAGGUAUUGGAGGAAAUGAAGCAGGGGGAGUGAAUGGCCCCUACCCCAAUAACAACACGUACAACGGAAAUGCUAUGAACAAUAAAAAUGCAAGUUAUGCGAAUGCGAACAAUGCGAAAAAUUACGAUAAGAAAAAUACGGAGUUUUCUUCCUGGGUAAAGAUUGCUAAAAUGAACCCUAGUAAAAAGAAAGGAUAUAAAAACAGUUUGAACGGACAACAGGAGAGUGUAAGUAGUCAGGGUGCUACUGGGGGCGGUGUUGCUGGAGCAAGUUCCGUGGGGAAUGCUAAUUUGAAACACCACGAUGGUGGUAACGCAGAGAAGGGAAGCAGUGGUCAUCAUGGCAUGGGAAGCGCAGCUGGGGUUGGAGAUGGAAGCAACAACUCUUUUAACAAUGCAAAGGGUAGAGGACAUAAUAAUGAAAGUGCAGGAGGAGGGUAUUCGAAAGGAGACAGUUCCUCCAUCAACGGAGCGUUGCAUAUGGGGCAUGAAAAUGGAUCCCCGAGUAAUGCCCAAAGUAGCAGGGAUGGAAAGAAGAGAAAAGAGGAAGAAGAACAAAGAGGAGAGAGACACAAAGGAAUGAUGAGUAAAGUUAUGACCGGAAUGAACAACAGCAAUAGUCUUCUCCAUUAUAGCAAAUCCAGUAGAAAGGUCAGCGAAGACAAAAACGAUAGUAUAAUGAAUAAUAACGCAAAGAACAAGAAAUUGACCUCCUAUGGAAGCGGAAAAAAUAAUAGUUACCAUGAAAAAGAGAGUAUGAAGGAGAGGGGAGGCAAAAUGAAGUACGACAGUGUUGUUAGUAGCGGAGGAGUGAAGAAGGUCGAUAUGGUGAAUGAAAGAAAAGGAGGAGGUGGUGGAAGUGGUGGGGGCAAUGUUUUGAACACGUCUGGUAAUAUUUAUUCCUCUCACCGACAGAGAGAAAAAAUGAAAAUCCAAAAUGUCGAAAUUAAGCAGAUUAAUGAAAAGGUUGUGAAGCGAAGGAGUGAGGAUCGUAAAGAGGUGACGGAGAAAAAAGGAGGAGAGACCCAGGAACAUGCAAAAAGGGUUGGCGGUGCGGGUAGUAGCAGUAACAAACAUGCUGACAGGGAGGAGCAGUCAGAUGCAGGGAAGAAACAAGGAAAGGAGCAUGCGUAUGAGGGAAGAACAAAAGCGCCCUGUAACGGAGAAGUAAAAAAUGCUGAAUACGAAAAAGAAGUGGAUGAUGAGGAAGCCUCAGUAGCAGCAGGGGUUGGAAAAGACGAGGCCUACCAGAAUGAUAGCCUAAACGAGAAUAACGCACAUGCUGUGGGAGGUACCAAUGCACAUGGUAGUAACACCCAAUUGAAAAAGGAAGGCAGCUAUAAGUACGAAGAAGAGCCAAACGAGUACCACAGCCACGCGGAAAAUCAAAGUAUCAAUGUGAAUACCAGUGGCAGUGCUCAGGACAACUGUUCCGGCUCGACCUACUCGAACUCGAAGAACUCCGUGUGGGAUGGAAAAAUCUCCUUUGCGGAAAUGGCAAAGAGGAAGCCAAAGAAAGAAACCAAGGAACCAAGAGGAGCAGAUUCGAAGAACCCAAAAUCAGAAUCUUCUCACAACGAUAGGAAGAAUAUGCACCAGGGUUCAAAUCAUAAAGGAGAUAAAUCGUCCAAGAGGAGAGACCAACGUGGAAAGAGGUAUGACUCGAACAGCACUAUUCGCGACAAACCAUCAGGAACGACGGUGCAUCCCCGAGGAGGAGAAAAUAACGACCAGAAAAAUCACAAUGAUGGUAGCAACAGCACCAGCAGGGACAGUGUCCGGGGAAGUGCAAGCGAAAUGAGAAAGAGAAACGACUUGAAAGAACACAUGAAAAAAGGAUAUGAGGGUGGAAGCGCCACAUCCAACAUGAGGGGUUCCAGGCGACGCCCAGGAGGAGUUGUAGAAGAUACGCCACUAAAGGGUUACAGUAACAAGAGGGAAGAGAAAGAUAUGAUGGACCAGGCAAUGGUUGAUCAGAGUGGCACUCUGUCAGACGCAGAAGGAUCGAAUGACACCUAUCACAAAGUUGGAGUAGUGGCAACCGAGGGCGCAUUGCGGGAUGGCAUUAUGGAGCAAGAAAAGGUGGAAGCAGACGAAAUGAGCAAGGAUAAUGCAACUGUGGAGGAGGAAGGAGGUGAAGCUAUUGAAGAAGUCGAACAAGGUGAUGGUCACAUUGAGCCCUGUCCCGAUGCCGCUCCCCAAUCGGAUGGUGUACCACUAGACAAGGAAAGCUCCAAAAAAAUGUCUCACGGGGGUGCCGAAAGGAUGCUUAGUCCCCUUGCCCAGCAUGAUACACAACAUGCCAAUAUCAUGGAGGGAAAUAAAAACAUCGCAAGUAACACUAACGUAAAGGAUGCUAGUGGAAGAAUUAGCACCGAUGCCAAAUUUUCUCCCCCAGCAGAUGCAGACAUUUCUGUGCAUCCAACAGAUGAAUGGUCCGAGAAGGGUGUAAGGAAGCACGGCAUGAAAGAAGGAUCAGAAAAGCUAUUCCCAGAUGGAUUGUCGAAGGAAGGGGAAAUGAAAGUGGAAAAUGCAAAGGACGAUUUGAAGGUAGGAGCCUGUGAAGAACAGCGACAUGACAUCCACAUCGGAGAGGCGAAAAAGGCCCCCGUAAUAAGUAGUAGCGCUGGUGAUAAUUUUGCUGAAAAGGUGAGCGCGGAAGGAGAGCAAAAUAAUAGGUUUAGUGUCCUCAUGAAUGAUAAGGUGACGGAACCAAGUGCAGACGCAAAAUAUGUGCUCGCAGGUAGCAGCAGCCUUGCGGUGAAGAAUAAGGAAGAAUUGAAGAGUGUAAGUAAUGAAAAGGGAGUAGAAGGCAAGGCAGAAAAUGAAGGAACAGGAAAAUGUCUGGUGGAGGAAGAAACAAAAUCGGCUAUUACCAUGGACACGGAAGAAUCAGUGAAGGUAGCAAAGCCGGCGAACGAAGAUGUGGUGGUAGCAAAAAAUGAAAAGAACAAAACGGGUGUAAAGAAAAAGUAUGGCCUCUUUAGCGAUAUUAAGAAGUGGGCCAAGGGAAAACUGACCGAUGUGGCAGGAUCGGCAGAUGCCUCCCAGCGGGAGGACAAGAAGAGCAAGGGGGUGGAUGCAAAUAAGGAUGAUGUAACGAGUAAAGUUGAGGCCCCCAUUAAGGACAACCAGAAUGACACCAAGGUGGGAACCGCAGUUGAUAAGAGCGAGGUUCUGAAAAAGGCAGAAGAUGUGGUAGCAGCAAAUGUGGACGUGAAGGUGGAAGGAAUGAGCUGUGUCGCGGAUGCCGUGCCAACCACUUUGAGCAGCGAAAAGAAGGAUGAUAUGGCAACCAGUGGCGAAAAGGAACAAAUGAGUGGAAGCAAUGUGGUACCAGAGAACGUAGAGGCCAAGGGCAAAGCUGAUGGGCUGCUAGACUCAUUAGAAAAAAGAGCAGAUGAAAUGGAAGUAGAAAAAACAGAUGAAAAGGUGGAAGUGAAAAAUGAGAAAGAUCAUGAAGAGUCAGAAAUGGAAAAAGAGAAACAACGAUUGAAACAAAUAAAGCUAGAGAAAAUGGCCAAGAGUAAAAUAUACUCUAAAAUUGAUUUGCUCGAAAUUUUUGUAGGAAAUAAAUGGAACACAGGAGAGGAAAGAUUCAAUUUUAUGUUGUCGUAUAAUCCUGAUGUGGACUGCCAUAGAAUUGGUAGCAGUACCAUGGUGGGUUCUUGUAACAUAAAUCAUAUGGACACAAAUGGAAUGCAAAUGCAUGCGAAUAAUCACAUGGGUGGUACUGUGCAUGCUCACGAGGGAAAAAAUAUUAUAUACAGUAAGAGGUAUAUGAAUAUGAUGGCUGGAGUCUCUGCUGGUGGAAGCGGAGGUGGUAUGGGUAAUAACUACAUGGGUGGAAAUAAUAAUCAUAGCAAUAAUAGUGGCAAGCCAUUUGGAAUGAACGCCGGUGGUGGAGGAAAGAACAAUGAUGAUGUGUGGAGAUAUGGGCAAGGCGGUAAGAACGCCAUGAACAAUGGUAUGCACUUUUCAAACGGUGGAGUUAAUAUGGGCAUGAAUUUUGGUGACAUGAGUCACAGUGGUGGAGGUAACAACAUGAUCGGAUCUGUAGGUAAAGGGGUUAUGGGAUCAGGAAGCGGCCCCAUGGAUGCACACAAUGCAGGUAGCGGUGUGUUAGGAAAAAUGGGCCAGGCAAAUUUAGAAUGGAGAAAAAAUGACGGAGAUAAAUUGAAAGGAUUCUUUGAUUCUACACGUGCUGUUGAAUCACCAGAUGCAUGGAGACAUAACAACAACAGCGGAGGAGGAACGAAAUCUGUGGCAGAAAAUUCCUGGCUCGUGAAACAAAGUCAAUUGAAAGCGGACAAGUACACUUGUAUGAUGAGGAAGUUGAGGGGUAUACUUAACAAAUUGACGUUCGAAAAAUUUGACCUCCUGUAUGAACAAAUAAUCCUAGUAGGAAUAACAAAGUUAGAAGAAAUUAUAGGUUUAAUGAAAUUAGUUUUCGAGAAAGCAGUGACACAGCAUCACUUUGUACAAAUGUAUGUCCAGCUGUGUAAAAAAUUAAACGUGCACUUCCAAAACAUGAAGUUGGAAGACGAUAGCAUUGUUCAAUUUAAAAAGAUUUUAAUUAACCAGUGCCAAGACUCAUUUGAGAAUAAUCUCAAGCCCAUUGAAUACCCAAGCAACUUAACCAAUGAAGAGGAAAGAUUUGAAUUUGAACAGAUGCACAAAAAUAAGGUUAGAGGAAAUAUGCUCUUUGUAGGAGAGCUAGUCAAAUCAGGAAUCAUUUCCAUACCCAUUGUCUUUGUUUGUAUAAAGCAGUUGUUGGAGAAGAGGGAGAGUUACAUUUCUGCUAAAAAUGACACCAAUGAAGGAAACCUACAUUUGGAAGCUCUAUGUAUGUUUUUGAACACCGUGGGAGAAAUACUUGAUACACAUGAAAAAGCGAAUCAGGAAAAAGUGAAGGAGUUGUAUAAUACUCUUCAUGCGUUAAUAAAUGAUGAAAGCAUUACUUUCCGUGUGAGAUGUCUCAUUAAGGAUGUUAUUGACAAUAGAAAUGAAAAAUGGAACAAGAAAUUUGCUCAUAAGUUAGAGGGACCCACCACACUCAGUGUAUUACACGAUAAAAUAUUAAAAGAAUCCAUGGACCAAAGUAACAGAAGCUUCAAUAGCAGCAGUAAUAUGGGUAACUAUCACGACAGCAAGAUGAACAGCAGCUUGAGUAACAUGAGGAACAAUCUCCUUCGUAAUGUCAAUUUUAAUGUGAACAAUAGUAGUAAUAGUGGCGGGGGUUCGAACAUCGGAGGUAGUGGACUUGGCGGUAACAAUAGCACCAAUGCCGGGUUUAGCAUGAUGAAUAUGAGGAACAACCUCGGUGGAGGAAUGAAAAAUAUGGACGCUAAUAAAAAUAUGAAGAAGCUAUCCCUAAAUCUGAUGAAGGCAAAAAAUACCACUACGUCAAAAAUGAUGGGUGAUGAUAUGAUGAAAGGUGUAUUGGGGGCAAGCCAAGAAGGAACCAAGGCUAGUGGUGGCAGCGUCUUCGAUAUGAUGUCGAAGAAUCAUUUCGCCUUCAAGAGUAGCCAACAGCCCUUUAUGAACAACGAAAGUGGUAAUAGCGGUAGUGUGGCGAAUAAUAGUACUAGUAAUGGGAAUAGCGGAGCAGGAGGAAGCGCCUUCUUUAGCAGCCUGAAUUCGAGGUUCCCGGGCAAGGAGAAGAGCAGCAACAAUAGUGGCAGCGCCAAUGAGGGAAAAUUCUUCAUGAGAAAUUUUAAUUUGAAGAAAAGCGGCACGGCAGGUAGCGCUGGAAAUGAUGCCAUGGGCAAAACGGAAGAGCAGCCCAAUGACGCCUCCACCUCCGCGAUUGGAGCGUCUGCCGUAGAAAACGUCAGUGCAGGGGAAAGAGGCUCCCUGAAUGACGGCGCAGAAAAGAGCGAUCAAGUGAGUGGAACACCCAACGCAGGGUCAAGUGGCGCAAAUGAAGACUACGCCUUUACUGAAGAGUACCUCCCCAAGGUGAACGAAAUAUUGGAGUUGUCCACUAUCACAGGAUCAGACGAAUGGGAAACCCUAACCAAGAAAAUCGAAAACUUAAAUGUCCCCCCCAAAUUUAAUGAAAAACUACAAGCCAAUAUUUUGAAGCUUACCCUUAAGAAAUACGCAUGCAACAAAAAUGUGGAAAAAAGUGCAGAAUAUUUUAACUGGCUCAUCUCAAUUGUCCUGUUGAAUAAAAUUGACUUGGAAUCCUUUAAGCAAUGCUGGAAGGCCUUCAUGUUGGAGAAUGACGAGAACAGCUAUGAGUGCACCAAGGAGGACUACCCCCUCUUGCCUUUCCUCGCUAAGAAUUUCAUCAAGGCGAUUGAACUGCAUGACACCAACCACCUACUCUACGAUGCGGCCACCAUUGACGAAAUGAAGAGCGUCAUCUGA